AUGCCGAUCAACAUCCGCGAUUUGUUGUGGCCAUUAGCUGCGGUGGCAGGAACAACGACUGCAGCAAUAUUCAUCUUCAAAUACGCUACAAGAAGAGUACGUGAUCAUAGAGACAAUGAGAUACAUUCAGCUGUGGACACGCAAGAUUGCGAAGACAUGGACGACGAGUUGAUAUCAGAAGACGAGUUAGCAGAAAUACUCGACACACAGCAAAGUGAUCUGGAGAUGGUGAACCAGGAACGACGUGUGAUCUUGGUCAUGUUUGGUCUGAUGCUUACUGUGCUGGUGAUAAUUGUGUCAUUGCUAAUCGUAUGGAACAACGAAAAUAGCUACAAUUCUAUUGUGGAGCUGCCACUAUUUCAGCCUCUAAUUUGGAUCGCCUUCGGCAUCAUCACAGCUGCACAAAUGGACCUUUCCAAUGACUUGGAUUCUGGCUUCUCAUUUGCAAAUAAGCAGUUUAAGGCGAGUGCUGUGCCAGUGAGAACGAUAGAGAUCAAAACUGUUGCGCAGAAUAUUGCAGCGCUAAUGGAGAUACUUGCAUUUGUCGAUUUUGGCCAUAACUUUGAGCAAGACAUUCCAUGA